UCGUAUUGGAUUUCAGUAGCAAAUUAUUCUGCAACUAAGAAAUUAGUUUUCAGUUGAAUCGCAUCAUAUACCUAAGUAAAUUAAUGCUUUAGCGAGUAUAAUAAUUGUUUGCCUGUUUUUAAAUACAUACUACAUAAUAUUUUAAUAUAAUUGAAGAAUUUUGGUACUUAGGCAACUGAAAUGGCUACACCUUUCCUAUCAAACCUCAACUAUGACGAGUCAAUAGGAAUAGAUAACGUAUUUGAAAAUCAUGAUGAAGCUCAUUUCGAUAAUUUCAUGAGAUACGUCAGAUUGAUGGACAAAGUUUCUACUUUUAUGGCAAUUACAGAGAUCAUUCAAUUCUUUUUAAUUUUAGGCGUAAUCGGAAUAAAUAUUUAUUUUAUAGGAAUAGUGUGUAGAAACAAAAAUUUAUAUACAAUCAAAGCAAAUAGGUACUUAUUGCACUGUUUUAUAUUUAAUAUCUUUAUGUGGUCUAAAGAGCCAAUAUAUUUAAUUAUACUGCAAGUUUUUAAAUUAUACCAGUAUUUCGAGGAUUUCGGUGCUAAGUUGCUCUGUGUUGUAGAUCAAUUUGUGACUACUGGUGUAACUGGUAUGUUUUUGUGUAUGUUCGGUAUUGGCUUGGAGUGGCUUUUAGCAGUAAGUAAGACCAACAUGAAACCUUUUGUACAAAAGCUUUAUGACCAUUCUGUCCUUAUUAUUUAUUUGCUGUGUACUAUCAAAAUUAUUAUUGACUACAUUGUUUGCGACCAUAUAUUCUUUUUUCAUACUAAUUACAUAGAACACGUUUUACUUUUUGCCUUACUUGCACUUGUCAUUUACUGCAACAUUAAAAGCAAAACAUUGAAAGCUAAAACUUCUUACUUGAUAUCUGUAAUAAACUUGUUUGUAUUCUCUUGGAUUCCCCUGUAUUGUUACGAUAUUUUACAUGUGAAUGUGGUGAGAACUAAUUAUACCAUGACAUUCAUCUUAAACGUCACCGAUUUUAUACCAGAAUAUUUAGCGUACGGGAGCCCUAUUGUAAUUUUUAUUUGGUUGAGUAGAAAAAACAAAUAUUUCAAAGUUGCCUAUCGAAAAUCGUGCAGUUGUUGCACUUGCUGUAGGGCAAUCAGCGAUUACAGCGGCGACGAUGAAACUUUUGAGGAUUCUGAGGAAAUGGAUCAUGUGGAAAAUGUUGAAAAUAUGUCCAAUAAUGCAACACUUUUGUAAAUAAUAUAUACCUACAAUAAAUUUUAUUUGAAGAAA